ACUACUUUAUAUCUGCUCAGCUUCACAUCCCAGCCUAACCUUCCUUCACCAGUCGUAGAUUUCGCUCCAUCUUCUCGAAGCUGAAAAGGAAUGGUAAAGCGCUCCGUUCAAAAUGUCCUCAAGUCCGCCUUCAAGAGCGAAUCGGGAAGAUGAUGCCGAAGAGCUUUCAGCUCGUCAAGAUAGUAAUGCAAUUUUAGAAUCAAUGAUUCAACAUAUAUUUGAUAACGAAGAAGAGGAAAACAGUGAUCCAAAUAUGGAUGAAAUUUGGGCAGAUGUGCCAAAUGAAAUGGAUGAAGAGAUGGAUGACGAGCCAGACUUCAUCGAAGAAGGCGAUCCAGAUUACGAUGAAUACAUCCCAGGUGAGGAUGACGAGUUCUUCCCCGAUGAAGAUGAUGAGGAUGAAGAUGAGUGAGGACGUGUACAUCGACAUGGAUGAGGAAGAGGAGGACGAAGACGAAGACAACGACGAGGAUGAGGAAGAAGAGGGUGCAGAAGAUGAAGACACUCAGGUAAUUGAUCUUUCCAAUCUAUUGCAAGCAGCAAUUCAAGAAAGUUCAAACAACGAAGAUGCAGAAGUUAGCAACGCAGUACGUAUACUGGGCGAUAUGGGCGUACGCGGCUUGCGCUCCUUGCUGAGAUCAGGUCGCAUACAGAUACGAAGUCGCAAUGAUGAUGAUGACGAUGAUGAAGAAGAAGAUGAUGACGAAGAUGCUAGCUUUUAUUAUGGAGGUGCUAAUCGCAGAGGUGCAACUACUCGUAUGUCUGAAUUUUGGGACCCGAUCGAAGAACCAAUCCCGGCAGGACAGGAACUGCUGUAUGGUGGCGAAUUCAAAAGACCGGCAAGAAGGCCAAGAGGAGCUGCCAAAAGCGCAUUUGCUCCUUCGCAUAAUCUCGCAGAUAGCAUACAGAAUCGCAAGAAUGCAUUAAGGCGAAUAGAUAAGCAUGAAUUGUCGUCCUUUGUUCCCAAUACAAACGGAGCGGAAGUGGCACGAUAUCCGGCAAGAUGCUAUUGCGGUCAGUAUAGUGAGGAUUCUUCUUUCUUCUAUACAUGCACGCAAGACUUUAAGGUGCACUUGUACGAUACCACAGCGAACCCAUACAAGAAGCUGCAUCGGAAUGAGGGUGCGCCAUACAGUUCGAGGCACUUGACGUCAUUGAAGUCGAUCAAAACGAUUCAAGGAAUACAAGGAAGCUGGACAAUCACAGAUGCUAAUCUGUCUCCGGAUAAUCAGUGGAUGAUCUAUUCGUCCAUCAACCCAUUCGUAUAUCUUGUUCCCACCCGUCAAGAGGUUGAAACACAAGGACGCGAAAAUCAGGUGAAGCUGGACUUCAGCAAUGAUGGAAAUGAUGAUGCAGGGAUCUGGUCGAUUCGGUUCUCCGGUGAUUCUCGCGAGAUCGUAGCUGGUGCACACUUCGGUGAUAUUUACGUUUACGAUAUCGAAGCCCGAAGAAGAGUAUUGAAAGUCGAAGGACAUUCUGAUGAUGUCAACGCAGUGGCUUUUGCUGACACAGCGAGUAGUAACGUUCUAAUCAGUGGUAGUGAUGAUUCGUUUGUCAAAGUAUGGGAUCGAAGAUCUCUAUCGGGCGGAAAGCCAGCAGGCGUUUUCUGCGGACAUACAGAGGGUGUUACUUACUUGGAUUCCAAGGGUGAUGGAAGGUAUUGUAUAUCCAACGGAAAGGAUCAAAGUCUGAAGUUGUGGGAUCUACGCAAGAUGGUGAGCACGACCGAAUUUGAUAGUCUACCGUCAAAGGAUUACGGAUUACGUCAAUGGGAUUACAGAAAUAUGUAUUACAAAAAGCCAAGAUACGAUUCUCAUCCGAAUGAUUGUUCGGUGAUGACUUACCGUGGACACGCUGUCUUGCGCACUUUAAUCCGUUGCCAUUUCAGUCCUAUUGCUACUACUGGUCAAAAGUACAUUUAUUCGGGAAGUGCAGAUGGACGUAUACAUAUUUGGUCUUUGGAUGGAAGGGUGGUUCAAGUAUUGGAUCGAUCCAAGGUAGUCCCUCUUUCCAAACCCGGUACAACAGAAGCCUCUGAUCCUUCGGCACCGGAUGUGACAGAUGAUGCAUUCGAUGCAGAAGAAGGUGAUGAAAACCUUCGAAGAAGCACUAGAGCGGGAAGAUAUGCUCAUUCGCAUUCGUGGUACUCAAAUUCAUCAGAAAUGAGCACAGUGCGGGAUGUCAGUUGGCAUUCGAGCGAGCCAACGUUGAUGUCAUGUGCAUGGACAGGAUCAGACGGUCAAUCAGGAAGCAUUGCCAAACAUGAAUGGAAGGGUUUCGGUAAGAAUGGUCUCUCGUUGGAAGAUGCGAUCGAGAAAUCCAUUGCGGAGGCGGAUUUUUGAUGUUUGAACACAUACAAUCAUUGUUUCUUAUUAAUACAUCUGUGUACAUUUUGU